AUGUCGUCUGCCAAAUUUCCUGUACCUGCCCCGUUCGAUUUCUCCACCCCAGAAGCAUGGCCACUCUGGAAGACCCGUUUUGAACGCUUCAGUUCUUUGUCCAAACUGGACGAGGCGGACGGGCAACGCCAAGUAGACACUUUAGUUUACUCCAUGGGAGCCAAAGCCGAUCCUAUCUUUGAGUCUCUAUCUCUGUCCGCGGAUGAUAAGAAGAAACUCGACAAGGUACUGGAGGCCUUUGACAAGUAUUUUCGCCCGGGUGUAAACGUAAUCCAUCAACGGACAUUGUUUGAAAGGUGUGUCCAGAACCCAGGUGAAUCCGUGGAAGAGUAUGUGCGUCGUCUCCGUGCUGCAGCCAAAUAUUGCGCGUUUGACAAGUCAGAUGAGCGUAUCCGCGACAGGUUGGUGGCCCAUAUGACGAACCGAGAAGUUUCGAAGAAGCUACAGCUCGAGGAUCACGCUCAGCUGACACUCGAGACUGCCGUGAGCUUGGCACGCAAAACGGAGUCCGUAAACGCCGAGGUCGCCCAGCAAACGCCCCGGGUGAGCCAAGCUGCUGCAGCUACCUCACCGCAACGGAAACACGGCAAGUCCCCUGCUUACGCAAGUUACGGAUCGACGGGAAAGCGACCACAGGUCAAGUCCCAACGAGACUCGAGCAACAGUAAGAAGUGCUCGUGGUGUGGCUCCUCCAAAGACCACAAAUCGAACCGUGACGAAUGCCCUGCCAAGGACAAGUCUUGUAACAAGUGUCGUAAGUCUGGACACUUCGCCAGCGUCUGCCGGUCUGCCUCCGCCAGUGCAGCACACAACGAUUAUGUGCAUGUAGCUGAGUUUGACUUGCAGUCGGACCCCGUCGGCGAAAAUUUCCUUGGAGCUGCUUCUACCCACACCGCUGACGAGCCGUGGAUAGUACGACUGGAUCUGUGCGGCUCACACCUCGAUUUCAAAAUCGACACUGGAGCUGAUCUCAACAUUAUGACGCAGGCCAGCUACAACGCUUUAUCUGCACCGCCAGUACUCAGUCCGUGCCAGACACGUAUGAUUGGGCCUGAUGGGAACCAGCUCACGAUACAGGGUGAGUUCCACACUUGUGCUGUGUUCCGUGAUGUACAGUACCCAGUCACUAUCCUGGUCAUUGCCACUGGUGGUGUCAACUUGCUGAGCAGGCAGACAUCUGAACAGAUGGGCCUAGUACAACGUCUUCAUGUUGGCUCUUCAGAUGCCCAGCCGAAAAUCGGAUGCAUGCUAGGCAAGCCAGUCGAGAUUGAGUUGAAGCCAGACUGCAAACCAUACAACUGUGUAAAUGCUCGACGCAUUCCAAUACACAUCCGCCUCAAGGUUCGUACCGAGCUGGAGCACCUCAAGCGCCUGAAUGCCAGCGUCAAGAGAGAGCACUACCCGUUACCGACCGUGGAUGACACGCUCGCACAACUCAACGGUUCUACCAUAUUCUCUACGCUGGACACCACGUCUGGCUUCUGGCAGAUCCCACUCUCCGAGGAAGCGUCGUUGCUGACGACGUUUAUCACUCCCUAUGGCCGCUUCAAGUUCGAGCGCCUUCCCUUCGGCAUAACGAGCGCGCCUGAGAUAUUCCAGCGCCGGCUACAAGGUCUACUCAGCGAUAUUCCCAACGUAGCAGUGUUCAUAGACAACAUCAUCGUCUAUGCUUCAUCGAUGGCUGAGCAUGAUGCUGCUCUGCUCGCCGUCGAGAACCGACUCCGUGAUGCCGGUCUGACACUGAAUCCGAACAAGUCUAAGUUCAGAUGCACGUCCCUAAAGUACCUGGGCCAUCGGAUCAGCGACAAGGGUGUCCACCCUGACCCAGUCAAGCUGGAUGCCAUUGAGCGCCUUGCAGCACCAGCUGAUGUGGAAGAGCUCCGUCGUGCACUUGGACUCUUCACGUACCUCUCCAAGUUUCUGCCGUCAUUGUCGACCGUAGCCGCCCCACUGCGCGAGCUACUCCGGUGCGACGCGACGUGGCAAUGGACCAAAGCACAUGAGCUAGCUUUCACAGAGCUCAAACGCCUAGCUGCCGCAGCCCCGUGUCUCGCGUACUACGACCCGUCUGCACCGACCAUCGUCACGGCUGAUGCGAGCAGCUAUGGAUUGGGUGCUGCACUGCUACAGUUCCACGACAAUGAGUGGAAGCCGGUCGCGUACGCCUCACGCACCAUGACAGCAGCAGAGAAACGGUAUGCCCAGAUCGAGAAAGAGCUCCUCGCCUCGGUCUGGAGAUGUGAACACUUCCAUCAAUACCUCUACGGAGCGCCCCGAUUUACCAUUCAAACGGACCACAAGCCGCUGGUCCCACUAAUGAACACGCGUGACCUCGACCGAGUACCUCUACGCUGCCAACGUCUACUGAUCAGACUCAUGCGCUAUGAUGUACAGGCGGAGUAUGUGCCUGGCAAGAACAUGGUUCUCGCCGACACGCUGUCCAGAGCUCCUCUUCCUGACACGCCAGCAACCGAAUCCGACCUACACAGUGACUCGGAAGCCACCAUCGCCGCUGUCCUGUCGUCUCUAUGCAGUCCUACCAAGCAACACGCUCUCGUUACAGCCACUGCUGACGAUCCAGUCCUGCAACAAGUAAUCCAGCAUACCCUCCAUGGCUGGCCGACCAAGGUCAACGCAGACCUGGAAGCCUACCGCAACGAACGUGGCUCGCUCUCAGUUCACGACGGUCUGCUGUACCACGGAUUUCGGAUCGUAGUCCCGGCAUCCGAGCGCAAAGCUACACUUGCCACUUUGCAUGACGGCCACCAAGGCAUAACCAAGUGCCUGGCCCGUGCGAAGUCCUCCGUCUGGUGGCCAGGUAUCACACGUGCCAUUUCAGAAUGCGUGCAGAACUGCCUGACCUGCACCAAGCAUCGUUUUCAGCCGCCAGAGCCUCUGUCUCCAACUGCGUUUCCCUCUUUGCCAUGGGAGAGAAUAGGAGUCGACCUCUGCCAACAUGACGGUCAGGAGUACCUCAUUGCUGUCGACUACUUCUCCAGGUACAUUCACGCCAUCCCGCUACGGAAGACUACCUCUGGAGCCGUCAUCAAGGAACUCCACGAGCUGUUCGCCAUCCAUGGCAUCCCUCAAGUCCUUGUGUCGGACAACGGUCCACAGUUCGCAAGUGCUGAAUUCGCCGCAUUCACAGCCCAAAUGCAGCUCACCCACCGCACCAGUAGCCCGCACUACCCACAGAGCAACGGUGAAGCUGAGCGAGCGGUUCGAACAUUCAAGCGUCUCCUGAAGACCAACAACAGCCUCAACGAUGCCUUACUCAACUACAGGUCAACACCCCUCGCAAAUGGCUACUCGCCAGCCGAGCUCCUGUUUGGUUGUCGUCUACGCACACACCUCCCAUGUACAGCGGAAUCCCUCGCUCCAAGUUGGCCUGAUAUUUCCAAGCUAAGGAAGUUCGAGGUGAGGCAGAAAGACCGACAGAGUGAGACGUACGACUCGUCACACCGAGCACAAUCUCUGCCACCAUUGACCCAAGGCGACCGAGUCUGGGUGCAAGAUCUCGCUUCCGAAGCCGUGAUUGCAGACCGUGUCUCCGACAGAUCCUAUAUUGUCACGACCGACAACCUGUCCGAGUACCGCCGCAACCGUCGCCACGUCAAGUUGCUACCUGAUGUGCAACCAACACCAACACCGCAGUUGUAUGUCACUACAUCUGCAGAACCUCCAUCCGCUGAUGUCGAGUUCCAGCCUACCUUGCGCCGAUCAGCACGUCCAUCCCGGCCGCUGAACAGACUCGACCUGUAA